AUGAAGACGCCCCUACGUGUUGGCGUGGCGGUCCUGCUGAUCUUCACGGCGCUAUGGUUCAAAGGCCACUUGGACAUCAUCGAGUCGCAGUGGCAGCAGUAUCGCAACCUGGUGACUAGUACGCAAGGAAAGGGGAGCUCUGAGACUAGUUCUACCGGCAGUCAACCAUCCACCUCACCAGCCAGUGCAGCUCCCGAGUCAGAAACAGAACAACUAUCCUCGCCUGAGAAAACAGAGCAAGAUGGGCAAGCAUUGCCCGGCAGUCAGCCCAUUUCUGAAAAGACAAAGACAAAAGAUCAGGUUGUGGUUGUAGGAAGAUUGAAGGACCAAAACACGGACUGGGUAAUCGAUGAUUUACCAGACUGGGAUCAUGCGAUCUAUAUUGUGGAUGAUCCAACUGCACCGUUGCAUGUGGUCAAAAACAAGGGAAGGGAAGCCAAUGUAUACCUGCAGUAUAUAAUCGAUCAUUACGAUAGGCUCCCCUCCACGAUAGUUUUCCUUCAUAGCCAUCGCGAUGGUUUUCCCCAAGCCUGGCACACCGAAUUCGAUGAGCACAGCAACCCCCAGACCGUCAACAUGUUGCAGACAGAAUUCGUCCAGCGCAACGGCUACGCCAAUCUCCGCUGCACUUCUAGUCCUGGCUGCCCGGAUGAAGUCCGACCAUUCCGUGACCCUCCAGAUGAAGGGCGCUGGACAGAACAUGCAUUCCCAGAAGCAUGGAACCUAUUUUUCAACGGCACCGAAGUCCCUGAGGUCAUUGCAACACCUUGCUGCGCUCAGUUUGCCGUGUCGAAAAAGCAGGUCUUGCAGCGCCCUUUGAGCGACUAUGAAAUGUACCAUCGAUGGGUCAUGGAGACUGAGCUGGCGGAUGAUGUUAGUGGACGAGUUAUGGAAUACAUGUGGCAUAUUAUAUUCGGGCAGGAUCCCGUCUACUGUCCCGAUACAUACCAAUGCUAUAGUGAUGUGUAUGGCCUGCCAGACCCUUUUGACUUUGGGUGGUAA